AUGAAAGUUGAAAAGGUUCCAGAUUCCACAUAUGACAUGAUUGGCGGUCUUGACCAGCAAAUUAAAGAGAUAAAGGAGGUUUGCCUCGUAAUUGAACGGAAAUAUGUUGUUGACAUUGAUAAAAAUAUCGAUAUCACCAAGAUAACUCCAUCAACAAGAGUUGCUCUCCAUAAUGACAGUUAUGUGCUUCAUUUAAUCUUGCCAGGCAAAGUUGAUCCAUUGGUCAACCUCAUGAAAGUUGAAAAGGUUCCAGAUUCCACAUAUGACAUGAUUGGCGGUCUUGACCAGCAAAUUAAAGAGAUAAAGGAGGCUGUGUGCACAGAAUCUGGGAUGUUUGGUCUGAGGGAGAGGAGGGUUGAUGUAACAGAAGAAGAUUUUGAGAUGGUAGUGGCAAAGGUAAUGAAGAAGGAGACCGAGAAAAACAUGUCAUUGCGGAAGCUAUGGAAGUAG